CCAGGGUCAGGUGCAGCCUGAGUAUUGCUGGGUCCAUGAUACUGUGCACAGGCUCUCGUGAGGCAUGUGGGAGCAUGCAUGGGUCAGCUGGUGAGCUGAAGGGCCACUCACCGGAUGGGUGUGGGUGGGUGGGCACCAGCAAAAGGCAUGGCAGGUGUGGUGGCCUUGCUCCUCAGGCUGGCUGUCACAGGACCUGUGGAGAGAUCUGUGCCCUAUCGCCUGGGGAGGCCAGGUGUGCACCCUGUGUGUGUAACCCACCAUGGGCUGAGCAUCUCUGGGUGCCGGUGGUCGGGCAGGAGGAGGUGUCCUGGGCAGGUGAUCACACCAGGGGCAUGAGUGAGAGGGCAGUUCUCUAAAGAUUUCUCAGACCCCACAUGGGCAAUGGCAGGAAGCUUGCUGAGGAUUUGGCCUGUGUCCUGACAUUGGGUGACCUUAGCCAGGCCAGACUCCAUGGCCUCAGGCCAUCCUCUUGGGCUAAUACAGAUGCCAGGGCCUGGCCCAGUGUAGCCUGGAGUCCCCUUCCUGAAGCCUGGUUGGGCUUGGCCUCUGGCCAAGUGGUUGAGAGGGUAAAAUGUGGGCAGUGAGCCCCUUCGUAGUUCCAGGGGUCCUGCUGACCCCACUGGACCCCAGGAGAUGUCUGGUUCUCAAGCUGGCUUCUGCAGUUCACCCCAGACUUUGCUGCCAAGGCACUGGCCUGCCCAGUGGACUUUGCAAGGCCAACCCUGCCCUUUAGUGUCUUGUCUAAGUCUGGAAUUCCUAGGUCCAGCAUGUGCACACUGCUGACCAGCAGCCCUUCUAAUGAACCACCACCUGGGCAGGGCUUGGGGUGUCCGUGGGUGCUGCAGAUACUGGCCCAGUUUGUGCAUGGCUGUGUGUGCACGUGUUCCCAGGUGCCUGUGAGCUGAAACUGCCCACGUGUCCCCAGUGAUACUUGCCAGCUAAAAGGCCAGGUCUGUUGGGGCCUCUGAGCUCAAGGCUGGGCUGGGCUGGGCAGUCCUGGGGAUAUCAGAAGAGGGCCUGGGCAGGGCUGUGCUCUCCUUGAGACAUCCUUGGCCUGGACACCAGGAACCGUGCCACCCUUUCAAUGUCUCCAGCAAGGGCAUUCAGCAGCAGUGGCCCAGCCCCAGGGCAGCCCAGCUCAGAGAACAAGACAUCAGGCACCGCAGAAGCUGUCACACAUGGCUGUGGCUCAGGACAGGCACCAGGGUCUCUAAGACAGUAGGACUGGUGGCAGUGGCAGCAGUGGUGAGGUGAAGCACCUGGAUUGUUGGGGUUGGGCUGGCUGGCUGGCUGGGGACAGUAGCUGCCCUGCUGUGUGUGAAGGGACCUGCGUCUGGCACUGCAGCUUUGGGUUGUGAGUCCAAGCCCUGCUCCAGUCUGAUCGCGCUCAGUGGACUCGAGCCCUAGGGCCAAGCGCUUUGCAGCUUGGCGCCCAGUGCCACAUAGGGGCUGUUGUCCCCUGUGGCCUCAUGGGCACCUCUGGGGUAUAGGCCCUCUGGAAGUGAGGAAUGCAGGCUCUGGGCCCAGCUGCCUCCAGCAGGACUCCUACCUGAGUAUAAUCAGUCCUUUGUGUGGGGACUGCUGUCCCCCCUUUGGGUAUCCCUAGCACGGCAGCGGGUGGGGAGGGGCUGCAGCAUGGGCGGGACAGUGACGUGGGAUAGGAGGGGCCUCUCAUAAGCCCCUGCUGGCCUGUGGCCAAAGCACCAGAGGGCCCAGAGCAGUGAGCAUCGUGUCCUCGGAGCAGGUUGGUGGCUUGUCUACAGUCUUGCAGGGAGAACGGGGGCCCAGAGGAACCACUUGGGUGUGAAAUGGGGAUGACCUCGACCUUUCAGAGGUUGAGCCAGGAGCUGAGCUGUGGGCAGCAGGAGUGGGAUCUCCAGGGCCCGGGUGCAGCAGCAGAACUGGACUGCCUGUGCUCUCAACGCUAUGGGGGUCUCCACACCCCAAAGCAUGGGAGGCAGGGGUUGGGUGCCCCGCCAAGAAGGCCGUAUGAUUGCAGUCAUAACCACAGGGAGGUGUCUGGCUUCGCAGUAUGCAGCAGGAGGGUGCCGGGUCCUGGGAGAGGGCUUGGCACUCACCUGGCACCUCUGGUCUGACUUGGUAGCAACACCACGGCACCCUCCCCAGGUUGCCUGUGUCUGGGUCUCUUGGCCUUGGCUUCUUGCCAGGCCAGCACCAGGGGCCUUGAACUGCUGACAGCCUUCUCACUGAGUGGGAUCUUCCCAGGGGCACCCCUGAAGCACACAGCUGGAAGGGUGGGGGUCUUGCAGGUGCCAGCAGGCUGAAAUCACACUGAGGGACUGUGGGCUGUGCUGAACCUCCGCUCAGCACAGACGUGCCCAGGGCCCAGUGUAGGCCUGGGUAAGGGGGGGAGUGGGGGCGGGCCUCUUCUGGGGCCUGGGUCUCAAGACCCUGGUGUGACAGCAGUUCACAGGCCUGGGAAGUGCUGGCUGCCUGGCCGGGAGGCAAAAGCAGGUGGGCAAGCGAUGAGGUGCUGUGGCCCCUCCUUCCACAGGCUGUACACCAUGAACACCCAGGGCCACCGCAACCUCCACGUCUGCCUCUGGCUGUGGCUGGGCACCCUCUUGGCACAUGGGCAGGGACAGGGUAAGAGAUGGGGCCUCUGCCACACUUUGGGAGCCCAGGCAGGUGCCGUGGCCCCAGCAGGUCAGCAGUACACAGUGCCCUGCCCCGCCUCCCCGAGCCCGGCUGCCUCAGCCCUGGGCUGGCUCCACCUGCUGAGCUGGAAUGAGGCUCUUCCCACUGACACUGCUGAGUGGCCCCAUCACCAAGGACCUGCGGCAGACCCGAUUCCAGUGCCUCCGGGGCCAGAGCCCCAGCCACCACAGCAGGGUUGGGGUCCCCCCCCAGGUCGAGGGCAGGUCCUGGGAGCCUACAGCUGGUGGGGACAGAGGAGGAGGAGUGGUAGGCUGUGGGGCCUCCUGACUCCUCGUCCUGGCUGUGCAGCAGGCCGCCUGAGGCUGGUGGUACUGCCCGAGGACCGGCUGCAGAUGAAGUGGAGAGAAUCGCGGGGGGCAGGCCUCGGCUACCUGGUGCAGGUGAAGCCCAUGGCAGGGGACUCGGAGCAGGAAGUGAUGCUGACCACCAAGACCCCCAAGGCCACCGUCGGGGGCCUGAGCCCCUCCAAGGGCUACACCUUGCAGAUAUUCACGCUCACUGGCUCCAGGCCCAUCCUGCUGGCACGGAGGGAGUUCAUGAUUGAGGCUCUGAAGAGUAACCCCUUGGGAAGGAGUGGCCAGGGGUCACCAGGGGCAGCCCUGAAGCCAGCCCCCUCCCAUGUGGUGGACCCAGACCCCAAGAAGACCCCUGAGCACAGAGUCACCUUUGUCCCAAGCCAAGAGCCACCCACUCUUGGUAGAUUGGAGUGGGCAGAGAGAGUGCCCAGCACAGAUCAGGGGCAGCCCAGGGGUCCUGAGGUACGGGACCCCAUUCAGCUGACCGCAGACCCAACAAGACAGAGCCACACUGAGGCUCCUGCUGGAAAAAGAGAGGAACCAGCUGGCACCCCGUUCCACUGCACACCCCCUGUGCCCACCGACAUGAUCUUCCUGGUGGACAGGUCCCGGAGCAUCGGCCACAGCCACUUCCAGCUGGUCAAAGACUUUCUGGCCAGUGUCAUCUCACCCUUUGAAAUUGGGCCGGAUCAGGUCCAAGUAGGCCUGACGCAGUACAGUGGAGACCCCCAGACCGAAUGGGACCUCAACUCCUUCCACACCAGGGAAGAGGUGCUGGCUGCUGUGCGCAGCCUUCGCUACAAGGGAGGAAACACAUUCACAGGCCUGGCCCUGAGCCACGUGCUGGGACAGAACCUGAAGCCCGCAGCAGGGCUCCGUCCAGAGGCAGCACAUCUGGUGGUCCUGGUGACAGACGGCAAGUCCCAGGAUGAUGUGCACACAGCUGCGUGCACCCUCAAGGGUCUGGGCAUCGAGGUCUUCACUGUAGGUGUGAAGAACGCUGACGAGGCUGAGCUGAAGCUCCUGGCCUCCCAGCCACAGGACAUCACGGUCCACAGUGUCCUGGACUUCCCGCAGCUGGCCACUCUGGCUGGCCUGCUCAGCCGCCUCAUCUGCCAGAAGAUCCAGGGCUGGAGCCUGAGCAGGGUCCCUGCCACCCCAGCCCCAGCUGCACCAACCGUGGACACCUUCCCUGCACCCAGCAGCCUGGUGCUGAGCCAGGUCACUUCUUCCAGUAUUCACCUGUCAUGGACCCCAGCUCCUCAGCAGCCCCUCAAGUACCUCAUCACGUGGCGACUUUCCAGGGGUGGUGCCCACCAGGAGGUGGUGGUAGAGGGAUCUGCUGUGUCUGCAGAGCUGCAGAACCUGACCUCCAGCACUGAGUACCUGGUGUCUGUGCUGCCUGUCCAUGUGGGCGGGGUCAGUGAGGGGCUGCAGGGCCUGGCGACCACAGCGCCCCUCUCUCCACCUCGGGCACUGACCCUGGCUGCAGUGACACCCAGGACCCUCCACCUCACCUGGCAGCCCUCAGCUGGGGCCACCCAGUACCUGGUACGGUGCUUGCCAGCCUUCCCCAAGGGUGAAGAGGAGGGGAGAGAGGUGCAGGUGGGGCAGUCGGAGGUGCUGCUGGACGGCCUGGAGCCUGGCAGGAGCUAUGAGGUCUCGGUACAAAGCCUGAGAGGGCCAGAGGCCAGUGAGGCCCAGGGCAUCCGUGCCAGAACCCCAGCCCUGGCCACCCCAAGACACCUGCGCUUCUUGGACGUGAGCCAUGACUCGGCCCGGGUGAUCUGGGAAGGCACCCCACGACGCACACACCUGGUCAGGGUCAGCUACGUGUCCAGCGAUGGUGGCCACUCGGGAAAGAAGGAGGCCCCUGGGAACGCCUCCUCUGCCACCCUGGGCCCACUGUCCUCCUCCACCACAUACACUGUCUGUGUCACCUCCCUCCACCUCGGAGGCGGAUCUUCCACACUGACUGGCCAUGUGACCACCAAGCAAGCACCCAGCCCGAGCCAGCUGUCUGUGACAGAGCUGCCAGGGGACUCAGUCAGGCUGACGUGGGUGGCCGCAGCCCCGUCUGGCGUGCUUGUCUACCAGAUCAAGUGGACACCCCUGGGAGAGGGAAAGGCCUGCGAGGUAUCUCGGUCCCUGGCACUCAGCACUGCUGUCCUGUCCGGGCUGGGGAGGCACGCGGAGUAUGAAAUCACGGUCCUGGCCUACUUCAGGGACGGGGCCCGCAGCAAGCCGGUGUCUCUGUGCUACUCUCCGUCUGCAGCGAGCAGGAGUCCCCCAUCGGGCCUGGCCCUGUCCUCAGAGACCCCCAACAGUCUGCAAGUCAGCUGGACACCCCCAAGUGGCCACGUGCUCCACUACCGGCUCGCCUACGCGCCAGCCUCAGGCUCGGGACCUGAGAAAUCAGUCUCUGUGCCAGGCCCCAGGAAUCAUGCCAUACUCCCCGAUCUGCUGGCUACCACCAAGUACCGGGUCCUGGUCUCAGCUGUCUAUGGAGCUACGGAGAGUGAGGCAGUGUCUGCCACAGGCCGAACAGCAGCCUUCCCGGCCCUUCACUGGAACGGCUCCCUUCCAGGGUUUGACCUGAUGGUAGCCUUCGGCCUGGUGCAGAAGGAGUACGCCUCCAUUCGCGGUGUGGCCAUGGAGCCCUCGGCUUGGGGUCUGACCCCAACCUUCACGCUCUUCAAGGAUGCUCAACUGACACGGCGGGCCAGCGACAUCUACCCGGCUGCCCUCCCUUCAGAACACACCAUUGUCUUCCUCCUGCGCCUGCUCCCAGAGACACCCCGAGAGGCCUUUGCGCUGUGGCAGCUGACGUCUGAGGACUUCCAGCCUGUCCUUGGGGUUCUUCUGGAUGCCGGCAGGAGGUCACUGACGUACUUCCACCAGGACCCCAGGGCCGCCUUGCAGGAGGUUACCUUUGACCUGCAGGAGGUGAAGAAGAUUUUCUUUGGGAGCUUCCACAAGGUACAUGUGGCCGUGGGCCGCUCCAAGGUCCGGCUCUAUGUGGACUGCCGGAAGGUGGCUGAGAGGCUCACGGGGGAGGCUGGCAGCUCACUUGUCUCAGGCUUUGUCACACUGGGGAGGCUGGCCAAGGCCCGGGGACCCCGGAGCAGCUCGGCCGCAUUCCAGCUUCAGAUGCUGCAGAUCUUGUGCAGUGACACCUGGGCAGACGAGGACCGGUGCUGCGAGCUCCCUGCGUCGAGCGACAAGGAGACAUGCCUGGCCUUCUCUUCUACCUGUCCUUGUUCUCCUGACACCGCUGGGCCCCCAGGACCCCAAGGCCCUCCGGGCCUUCCGGGGAGCAAAGGUGCCCCAGGACAGCAGGGCCUCCCAGGACCCAAGGGAGAGCCAGGGCCGCCAGGACAGAUAGGAUCUGAGGGCUCUGGAGGACAGCAGGGGUCGCCAGGGACCCAGGGCCAUGUCAUACAGGGGCCUGUGGGUCCACCAGGGGUCAAAGGAGAGAAAGGCGACCAUGGACUCCCAGGCUUGCAGGGCCAGCCUGGCCAGCAGGGCUCUGCCGGGAGAGUUGGCUUCCAGGGACCGAAGGGAAUGAGAGGACUGGAGGGGCCUGCUGGCCUGCCUGGACUCCCUGGCCCCAGGGGGUUCCAGGGCUUGACGGGAGCCAGGGGCACCAGUGGGGAGCGAGGGCCCCCAGGGGCUGUGGGGCCCACGGGGCUACCAGGACCCAAAGGGGAGCGAGGAGAGAAGGGUGAGCCUCAGCCCCUUGUCGCCAUCUUCCAGCUGGUGAGCCAGGCCUGCGAGUCAGCCAUCCAGACACACAUGCUCAAGCUGGACUCCUUCCUCCAUGAGAACACCAGGCCCCCGAUGCCCAUCCUGGUGGAGACAGAGCCAGGCAGGCCUGGACCCCUGGGUACCCCCAACCUGCAAAGCAAGGCCUCGAUUCCUGGAGACCAGAGGCGUGGGGACCAACGUCCUGAGCAGCAAGGCCAGCCAGGCAGCCCUGGGCCACAAGAGAACCAGGCCCCAGGAUCUGCGGAGGUUACAGGACAUCCCCCAUGCUGUCCCGAGUGACCCUGUGCCUCUGCCCACCCCUCGCGGGGGGCUGCCUGCGCUCAGAAGGAGCACAUUGUGCAGCGUGAGCCCCAGGAAGAGCAGUGGAGGGCAGGGAGGGACUGGGGAGGCACGGCUCACCCUGA